AGAAAAAUCGCCUUUGUUGUGAACUAGCGUUAUCAUUCUCGAUAACAGUAGAACAUAACAUCAACCGAUAUCUCGACGAAUUAUUCGAGGUCGUGUAAUAUCACGUUCAACGAAGAUCCAACGCUCGUUGCGCGCGCGCGUGCGGAAUAGAAUGGAAAUCGAAAUCGACUCGUAUUUCUUUUCUCUCGAGCAUAAUAAAAUUUUGGCAAAUUUUAGGCGAAAUCCCGUCGAUCCAUCGAACGGUUCGAAUCGAGAGAUACGCGUCCGUGUCGUCGCGUGUCGGCGAAUCACCGAUUGAUUCACGCGUGGCAAUAAAUAAAUUGGUAGAUAACAGUUGCUCGGUUAUCGUAGUCGGAGUCAAAAUGGCGACUUCCUUCUGGCGAGUAUGAAAGGGUGGCGAGCGCGAAGGUCUCCAGACGGAUCAUCGAACUGGCCGCGGCGAUACUCUCUACCGCGCGCCGUGCUCUCGUUCUCUCCUCCAACCAACUCGAUCCUUUUCUCGAGAUCGUUUUUCUUUUACAUCGGCAUCGCGAAUCGAUUGCUUCGAUUAUCGUUGGUCGAAAACGCGUUUCGACGCGUUUCCAAGUGUUUUCCUCUCGAGGAGGAAACGGUUGAAUCGAAAGCAAGUGGCAACAGUGCUCGACGAUAAAACAAUCGCACGUGUCCACGUUGGAAACAUGGGUUGGAAUCAUUUUUGCUCGUCGUAAAAGAAACGUUCGUCGUUUCGAGUUACGAGGAACGAUCGAAAGCGAUCGUAAAAAAAGGGGGAGGGGGGACGGAAACGGAGAUUCGGCGAAAUUAAAAUUAAUUCGAGCGAAACAAUUAAGCGACAGAUUCGUCGAUCGAUCGAUGAGUCGAUGAGUCGGUCUUUCGAAGAGAUAGCUGACGAAAGAUCAAGCCGGGACAAUCGAAGUUUGUCAUGGAAAGAUUCAAGAUUCGAGAUGUCGUAAAAUGCGGAGAAAUCCAUCGAGUCGGUACCGGGCAUGGCCAACGCGAAAGCUACGUCGUCGAGCCGUGCUGAAGAACGGGGACUGCAACGUCCUCCAAUCCCGUAUCUCUCGACGCUCCCUGCGCUUCCUACGAGACAUCUUCACGACCCUGGUGGACACUCAAUGGCGAUGGAUGUUGCUCUGCUUCAGCCUGAGCUUCGUCCUCUCGUGGCUGGGCUUCGCCGUGAUCUGGUGGCUGAUCGCGUUCAGCCACGGCGACUUCGAGGAGCGCCACCUGCCGCCCUACCAGAUCGAGAACAACUGGACACCGUGCGUGAACAACAUAUUCUCGUUCACGAGCUGCUUCCUGUUCAGCAUCGAGACCCAGCACACGAUCGGUUACGGGAGCCGUGGCACGACCGAGGAAUGCCCAGAGGCGAUCUUCGUCAUGUGCAUCCAGAGCAUCGUGGGCGUGAUGAUCCAGGCGUUCAUGGUGGGCAUAGUGUUCGCCAAGAUGAGCAGGCCGAAGCAGAGGACUCAAACGUUGCUGUUCUCGAGGAACGCGGUCAUCUGUCAGAGGGACGGUGAACUGUGCUUGAUGUUCCGGGUGGGCGACAUGAGGAAGAGUCACAUAAUCGGGGCCGCGAUCAGGGCUCAGUUGAUAAGGUCGAGGACGACGAAGGAGGGGGAGGUGUUGUCGCAGAAUCAGCAGGAACUGGCGGUGGGGACGGACGGGCAGAACGGGAACCUGUUCUUCAUAUGGCCGACGACGAUCGUUCACAGGAUAAACGAGGAGUCCCCGUUCUACAACAUGUCCGCGGAGGACAUGCUGACGGAAAGGUUCGAGAUCGUGGCCAUCCUCGAGGGGACGAUAGAGUCGACCGGGCAAACCACUCAGGCGAGAUCGAGCUACCUGCCCCAGGAGAUCCUGUGGGGUUACAGGUUCGAGCCGAUGGUCACGUACUCGAAGGAGAGGCAGGGCUACGAGGUGGAUUACUCGUUGUUCAACAGCACGACGCAGGUGGGCACCCCUCUGUGCUCGGGCAGGGAGCUCGCCGAAUUUUACAAGGCUCAGGAGGAGCUUCGCCAUGGGAACGGUACGGUAAUAGUCGAUGAGGAUUUCUUGACGGAGUCCUGUCAAGAGAGCCAGUGCCAUUGCGGUCAUCGUGCGACGAGUCAUCAUCACCAUCAUCACCAUCACCAUCAUCUGAAUCAUCAUCCGAAUCAUCAUCUCAACUACUUGGACAGCGGGAGAAGCGAGACAAGCGCCGACGAGGCGACCACCAGCUGUCGAAACGCUUACAGGGAGCCCAUCUAUCAUCACGGGCCACCUAUCCCUCACCGAAACGACAACCCCCACUUCAAGAUCCUCGAUUUGGAUCCCGACGGUAUCCAGGUGAUGGGCGAGGUCGAUCUGCAACACCUGCCAGACGCCGUGAACAAGGAGAUCUUGAAGAACAGUCGAGAGAUCAUCUUCGAGGAGCCGGAAACGUCGAGGGAGGGAAGUCCGUUGUUGCUGUUGAAGUCAAAUCGAAGGAACUCGGCCGCCAAGCAUCCCCUCCUCGACGAGGAGAGAAGGUCUUUGAACAGUUCCAAGAGGAGCCUCUGCCACAGGAGCAUCCUGCGAGGAUGUUUCGAGGAGGAAAAGAGAUCGUUGGACGGAUCGAGGAGGAAUUUGCACGGGUCCAGGAAGUAUCUGCUGAUACCUAUCGACGCGAGCAAGGAGGCCGGAGGCAAGGAGAAUUUCGCGAAACGCCAGAUGGGUGAGAGCAGGGAGUGUUUGAACGGGGGCAGAAGGAUGAUCUGGCCGAAGUCGAAAGAGACGGCGGAGCCGGAAACAAGGAGAAGGCUGAACUCGAACGACGACAGGUUGAUGAUCGAGAUGGAGAAAUCGUCGAAAUGCUCGGCCUCCGACCGACGCGAGAUGUUAAACGAGGCGUGCGGGGCGUCCCUCUCCUAUCCCAAUUUAUCUCCCCGUUCCAAGGACGGGCAAUCGCCCGUUCCACCCGUGUCGAACGCGUCGCCGGAGUCCGGCUUCUACGAGGCUUCCGCGCAAUGGAAUUCAAGCCCGGAAUACGGGAGGAAGCCGCUCCGGCUUCCUCCUCCCCCCAACGAGUCGCCCGUGAUCGCGAGGAACAGAAGGAGCUACGAGAACGCGCAGCUCCAGGACGUGAACGAGGUUCUCGGCGUGUCCAGUCGGCCCAGCAGCGACAACAGCGACUCGUUGGACAGCGAGACGUCGACCAAGAAUCCGGCCAACGACGGCGAUGCUCCUCCUCGAAGAUACGGCGAGAAGAAGCAGCCGAUCUCUUACACGAGCGUCUGAAGAAAGGGAAAGUGGAAUUCGGAUUUCCGAGUUGUAAUCGUGUGCAAAGAAACUUUCAAGGUUUUUCGUUCUUUUUUACGGGAGGUGGAAGGUAUUCGAGAUGAAGGGGCUUGGUUCCAAAUCCUCGAUCAAUUGGACUCAAUUGGAAAGAUGUUUUAUUUGUACAUAUUUUAUUUGUACAUACUGCCCGGUUCUUUCUCUCUCUCGGAUUCUUCUCCGAGAAAGGAUUCUUUUUUUCCUUUUUUUUUUUUUUUUUUUUUUAUAUUAAUUGAUGAUUCGUUGAAUGAGGGAAUCGUGAUCGAGGGUUGGAAAAGUGUGGAGCGAGGGAAAAGUGUGUAUUACAACGAUGUAUCGUUCGUUCAAGACGCGUAGUCAAUUUUUCCAAACUAUGCUAUGUAAGCGAAUUUAUAUACGAUAUUCUAUAUGGAUUAAGUAAAUUAAGUAGAGGAUAACGCAGGAUAAUUAUUUUCUGAUCCGCUGUUUUACAUCGAUUGCGUAAAUGAUACGUUGAACCGCAGGUCGGUUUACCGCGAAGCUUCCAUAAUAACGUAAGGAUCGAAAUGAAAGAAUCGAUCGAAUCGUUUCUUUCGCUCGUCUCCAUCUAAUUUUUAGUGAAAUUAAUCGUUUAGAAGUGAAUGUAAUUGACAAUAAUUUAAAUGACAAGGCUUUCGAACAAGGCUUCGUUAGAGUUACUAUAUCCAUUCUAUAAAUAAUUUCGAAAUAUUCGCAAAAUUUGUACAAAUGACGACGAAGAAAAUUUCAAUUAAGUUUAAGCAUUUAAAGUCGGCAUACUCGUUAGAUUUAUAUAUAGGUAUACACACACAUAUAUAUGUAUUACAAAAUCGCGUAAGAGAAAAAAAAAUAUAUUUUUGCAAGUUUAAAAACGUACAAACGUAUUGAAUCAACGAUGCCUCUGACUGAAGUCAUCGAUAAAUCGGUUACACGUCCAUGCAUCCUUAUGAUCGAGCAAAUCAAAUAAAUAAACAUUUACCAAUGCCGUUCGAUUCUCCUCUUGUUGAAUCCCCUCUGUAAAAAUGAACAUCUACUAGACAAAGGUAGAAAAAUAGCGAGAGCCGAGAGGGUGAAGAAGAGAAAUUCGCGCCAAUUGGAAGAUUCUACGCGCCGCAUAUCUCCAAUUAGAUGAGAAGUAGUCCGUCUCGUUACAAACGAAGAGAAAGAAGUGCCUUUACUUUACUUUCUACCUCGGAAGGGGAAGAAGGCAACGUUGAGCUUUCACCGUCGAGGAUAAAUAAUAUAAUAGCGUCGUUAAUAUUUAUUGCCUCCAUUCUUUUACUAUUAAACAAUAGUACGUACACAUGCGUAUAGAAAUACGUAUUUUACGAUAAAAGACACUCGCAUCGAUCCCGAAAAUGGAUCGCUUCGAGAGUUUCGCAGCUACGUCUGAUUCGAUCCGACGAGCCGUGAUCCGAUAUUUACACGUAUUUCGGACAGACUGGGCGGAGAAAACUCGGUCCGAAAACGAUAGCUCCCCGAGCUUUCUCCGGGGACAUGGAUACCUGCCAUCGUGACUUCUAGCGUAAAUUGUGAAAAUGUUAUUUGUGUGUAAUAAAGACAAUUUCGAAAUCUAAA